CGUGACUGCCUCGAGGAGGAGGAUCGGAUCCCCUUGUGCCGUAAGCGACCAUGACCGGCCGGGGCACUCCGAGCCGUUUCUUGGCCAGCGUCCUGCGCAACGGCUUGGGCCGCUACGUGUGCCAGCUCCAGCGCCUCACCUUGACUCUCAGCCGGGACGCUCAGAGCUGCCGGGGCGCCAGAGAAUACAUCGAAGAAAAGGUGGUGGACUUUGCCAGGCAAAACCCCGGGAUUGUGGUCUACGUUGCCCCAAAGAAGUGCAGGGUCCCCACGGUGGUCGCUGAAUACUUGAAUGGAACUGUGCAGGAGCAGACUUUAACCAGCAACACAGCAGACGAGAUUGCAGAUAUCAUCCGCAAGCUGACCAGCCAAUCUGGCCUGGAGAUCAUCCGUAUCCGAAAGCCUUUCCACACAGAUAACCCCAGCAUCCAAGGCCAGUGGCACCCCUUCACAAACAAGCCCAGUGCACUCAACGUGGAAGCCGUGGGUCAUCAGCGCCUCCAGUCCCCAGAAAAAUAGGUCUGCACGGUUGCCAAAAGCUUGUGACUUUUCUGUGGGGAUUUCUGGAGUCCAGGGCAAGAUCAUAUAUCUGCAUUAAGCACAUACAUCUGCUUCGUCAUCCGCAAGAAGAAUGUCAUCCCUUUUCUUAGGAAAAUGGGCAGUAAAGAGAUGGGACUAGCUUGCUAUGUAUGUGAGCAACUUUCUGAUAAGAACAGUCCUGUUAUCUGAUUCUUGUAUUUAUCAGCUAAACCACAGACCAGACUAAUUUUGAGCAAGGCUUAGAACUGGAUGUGACUGGUUCUUCUUCAAAAGUGAGUGGGUGUGAUCCACGGAUGGGAACUCCAGGGGCAAUGAUUCUCUGUGGUGGUAGCUUGCCCCAACUAUAUUUUGUGAUCCUUGGUUAAUAUUACUCUUGACUGGAAUUUGAAAUAAACGAAGUAGAACCACC